AUGGCCGGAACGGUUGCCAAGUUGCCAGUAUACAACUUCGGGCAAGGCGAGCACCGCACGGUAAUGAAUGGGAGCGAUGCGGACGAGUCCGGUGAGCGUGAGCGAAAGAUGGAAGAUGAGGAUCUUUUCAGACAGUUACAAGAUAGCAGCUAUGUCAAACAUAGAGAACAUAUUCUUGAUGAACUUGUUGCAAAGGUUAGGAGGAAUGGAGGUAAAGUUCCAUUUAAGAAUCCUCGUGCACUUUUUAAAGGCCUUGCACUUGUGUUGCGAGAUGAGGAAACAAAACUGCGACUCAAGUGCAUUCAGUUUAUCAUGGACUUGGUCCCAAUUCUCAAGCAAGAGCUUGAUGCCUGCAUGAUGCUCAUCAUCCCCAAUCUUAUAUCAAGCUUUAGUGAUGCAAAAGUGUCAAUGCGGAAGGCUGCUGUUCAGACGCUGCAUAUGUACAUGAAGCACACCACGAACAUUGAGCCAAUCUUCAACUCAAUUGUGAAUUAUGGAUUAGAAAAUGAAGACCCCAAAAUCAGAGCAGAGACUGCAGUUUCACUUCCUGUCCUAUUGACAGGGGAAUUUGCAAACACAGACUUGUCGAUUGUUACAUGUGCUCUGGCAAGGAAAUUCACUGAUGACACUGAUUUGAUGGCAACUGCAGGUGUAUCUUUGGACAGAAUCUGUUCUUUAGUUGGUGAAGCAACAUUUAACUCUUACAUAGACAGCUUGCCAGCAAGAAUCAAAAGUGGUUAUUGCAAAAGAACAGGGAGACCUGAUCCCAGUCCAAGUGUCCCCUCAGAAGGAUAUUCAGCAACAGGAUCUUUGGACUGGAACUCCAACCGAACAACAGAACCUAAAUCUGUCCCUGACGAUGAGCGCAGAUCGAGGUCAAAGCCAAAUACUGAACUACAAUUUGGUAUCGUUCCCCAAGAUGUACUUGAUCAGCUGUCUGAUCAAGAACACUGGACCGAGAGAGCAUCAGGGGUACAGGAGCUGAAAGAAAUAGUUGUAGAACUCCAGGAUAUAUCAGAGCUUACACCUCACAUGAUCAACUUUAUUAGUUUUCUGUGCAACUUACUUGAUGACUCUAACUUCAAAGUUAGCUUUCAUACCUUGGAAAUAUUUCAAGAAUUGGUUCAGAAAUUCAACCAAAAAGUAAAGCCAUUCAUUCGACACAUAGUUAAUGCUCUUUCAAAACGCUUUGGAGACAACAAGACAGUUAUUAGACAAGCCAACAUGAAAGUGAUGAUGCAGCUCAUGCAAAGUGUAGGCCCCAAACAGGUAGUGCAUGUUGUAUCAGAACUAAAGAACCAGCGAAAAUCUGGGGUACGUGAGGAAGCUCUAAACAUCGUGAUUGCAGCUCUUUUGACAUUUCCUAGUUAUGACUUUGACCUGCCAAACAUUUGCCGAACUCUGUCGCAAUGUCUAAGUGAUCAGAAGAGAAGGGUAAGGCAAGCGACACUAGAAUUGUUUGCAGUCUUGGCACAAGCAAUGGGCCCAACAAGAAUAGGUCCUCUCAUUGAUGCUGUAGAUCAGAUUGAAUUAAAAACCUCAGAAGAAGGCGUCAUGAAAGCAGUCCAGGCAAGACUAGCCAGGAGACAAUUACCAAGAUUAAAUGAGGAUGGGCUCGUGGAAUAUGCAUCUCAGACACCAUCGUCAGCAGCAGCUGCAGGUAGGACAGCAUCAUCAGCUGGUCAUGACACUGAAUGGAUCUUGAAAGCUACCAGGAACUCGAGUGCAAAAGAGCGAGCUUACACAGAUCCUGGAAUAGAGCUUUCUCAGCCAUCCCCAACAAGAGCUAAGAUACCUAUGGGAAAUGUUGGCAACCCUGAUUCACAACCUCCCAAAAGGUUUCUGAGUGCAGGGAGAGGUCGCUCUAAACUACCUUGGGAAGAAGUAAGAGAUGCUAGGGUUGCUGAGGACAUGGAAGAUGGACAAAACACAACAGGCCAUGGCAGAGUGCAAAUCAACAGUGCUCCAACUCAGCUUGUCUAUUUCUCUUCUCAGAAACGUGAGGAGCCUGGGCUAAGACGGCCGCCCAUCAAAGCUCGGAAUACGUGGAAUGGAGGAGAAGAUGUAUGGGAUAAUGCUAAACGUAAUCACAACAUUGGUACUGAUGUCGGAUCUGAUCAAGGUACAGGUUCUAGUGGAUCUUACCGUCAGAUCCACCUUGAUAAGCUGAAAAGAGCAUCUCUAAAUACCUACCCUGGGAGGGGGCGAGGUAACUUAGAGGAUGAGCCUCAUCCAUCAGGAAGCCACAGUGCACCAGUCACAGAGAGAGACUUGAAACUUUGGAAAACUUUUUCUUUUGAUGGAGAUGAUAUAUUUGGGGGACCAGAUCCAUUCGUUGGCAAUACAGCCGUCAUCCCUAAGAAGCGUGGUUCCCUAAAACAGCAGCACUCUCAGCACCAUUAUCAGGAGGAUUCAGAUCGCCUUGCCCUGAAACAACAACUAUCAUACAGUGAGAAAUACAUGCCAUCUGUGGGUUCAUCUCGUUCCAGGAAUGAGGAGGAAAGAGAGCAGCGAAUGAAUAGAAAGAGCUUAUCAAACUCCUGGCCUGAUCCAGGUAUUGGCAUGGAUGAUGGUCCCUCUUCAUCCUCUACUGCUGGACGUAAGAAGAUGGAUCUUAUGUUCAAAGAUACUGUUCAUGACUUCCAUGCAUCUUCUCAAUAUGACAUCCCAUCCCCCAACAAAUCCAAUCUUCCUUCCGGUACGUCCCCCAUCUCACCCAUCCCUCUGAAGGCUACGUUAGCUCGGUCGGCAGGGAGGCGAGGGCAAGCCAGAGCUCCUCUGGUUCCUUUAGAGAAGACAACCAGUCCUCGGGAUGAUUACGAUGACUUGCAUUCAUAUCAGGAUACCUACCGAUCAGACUGGACGGAACAUGACCUUGUCCCUAAUAUAUCAUCGCUUGACAACAUACGAGGCAGCGCGGCAAAGAAACGAGCAGAGAAAAAGGCACGGGGUCUGGACAAAUCGUCCAGCGGGAGCAACCGUGGUAGUGAGAGAAGCUACUCCCCUCCAAGAGAUCUAGAUGAGAGUGGGGUAUUUAGUAUUCAGUCUACAGGACGUUUGGAUUUCGAGGAUGGACUUGAUAAUGGAGGUCAAACUACUUACAUCAAGAAGAAAAGUACAAGCGGAAAGAAAGGGUCUGAUUCGCCGUUCAGUUCUAAGCCACGCAUGGCACGGGCAAACUCUGGCAAAGGUGUGAGACGAAAUGCAGGGGAACAGCGACAAGAUGGAGGAGGUUCUUCUACAAACUUGGAAUUCAAUCCCUCGGGAGGAGUGACGUUUAGAGACAAUGCUACAUCCGAUGUAAGCAUCAUUGGUCAUGGUUUCAGUAAUGGACGGGGUCAUAAGGACAUCGAUCUAUCUGACAAUCAUGUGGCUUCAGGCAAAGGACAGAAUUCAAGAGACAGGAAGAGAACAAAAGGUUCUAUUCUUUCUCCUCUAUCAAUGGCAUCAUUACAACAUCCUGGUGGAGUUGAUCUGGAUGAUAAUGGGGCUUUGGUAGGAGAGGACUUUGCUAUGGUUAUUGGCAAAGGUAUUUUGGGUAACGAUGCUAAUAUAGUAGAGUACCCACGAACUAAUGGUGGAGAGAAAACAAUGAGGAGAAAAGAAAGUCAUGAAGAUGGUGCUUUACCUGAGGUUAUUGGUCUCCCAGUACGACAUGAUGAGGACAGUCCGGAAGAAAAUCAGGACCUGUCUAUCUCCCUCUCCAAAGCAACAAUGGAUAGAAUGGCGAGAAAGCAGAUUGAGAAGAAGGAAGAGAUUGAGCUGCGCAAGGCUGAACGUAAGGCAGAGAAGGAACGUGCUGAUGAGGAGAGACGGGUUCGGGAAGCAGAGAGACAACACCUACAGAAGGAAAUAGCGUCCCAAAGGAAAGAGAUGCAGGAACGUGAAAGGGAACAGCAGCGAUUGGAUUAUGAAAAACACCAGAGAGAGAAGGAACGAUUUAAGGAGGAGAGAGAGCGCCAGAGAGAGGAGAGAAUGAGAGAGAGAGAGGAGCAGAAGAGAGAACGAGAAGAGAGGUUACGGGAAGACAGAGAACGUCAAAGGGCUGAACGAGAAGAAAGGGAACGACAGAAGGCAGAAAGAGAGAGGAUAAGGGAGGAGCAGCAAGUCAAGGCUAGAGAGAGACAGAGGGAGAAACUUAAGCAGCUUGAGUUAGAGGGAACCAUGGAUCAUGAUGAUGGAGGUGAUCUUGCAAUCAAUGGAGCCCCAUUAGAUAACAGUAGACCUAGUCCCACAAACAGAGUAAUAUCUAAACCUCCAGCUGCUACACCACCUAAGAAGAAGAGUAGUGGUAUAUCUGUGACCAAGAAUUCCAGUGCACCACCUCAAACUGUGACGUCACCACCAAGAGAUGAUGCUCAAAGCAGAGAAAUGAAACCAGUUCAUAAUGUAGAUGUAGCUAUCAAAGAUUCUCUGAGAUUCAUGGGUCAUGAUGACUGGGAAAUCAAAUUAGAUGGUUUGUUCAUCAUUCAGCGGCUUGCUUGUUUCCAUAGCAAUGAAUUAGGAGGUCAGCUGCAUGCAAUGGUGGUGGCUGUUCUAAAUGAGGUUAAGAAUCUGAGAUCAUCAGUGGCCAGGGUUGCCAUAUCAACACUUGGGGAAAUGUUCCAAUCAUGUAAAACCAGCAUGGAUAAGGAUUUGGAUCAGAUCUGUAGAAUCUUGCUACCCAAGGCUGGUGAGAGUAAUGGUUUCAUUCGAGAAGAUGUUGAUAAAACAUUAGAAGCCAUGGUAAAGAAUGCAAACCCACAGAGAGUGUUAGGAUCAUUGAUAACAGCAGGGGCUAGUCAUAAGAGCUCAACGGUCCGCAAGACAACGAGUGUGUUUCUAGAUGCUGUGGUAGAGCGUAUGGGACCAGGCAGGAUUCUUAGUGGAGUGAAAGACGUCACUGAUAAGAUAUUACCUGUUACUGCUCAGUUAGUCCUUGACAAUGGACAAGAAACAAGGUACUAUGGUAGGAAAAUCUUAUUCAAUCUGAUGCAUCAUGAGGACUUUGAUCGAUUGAUUGAGAAACAUGUUCCAGCUAAGAACAUAAAGAGCAUCAGAGACAUCUUGGAGAACCUUAAGAACAAGGGUCUUGGUGAAGUCCCAUCAGAUACGUCAUCUGCGAAAGCUCGUCGUAGUAAUCCAAACAGUCGGGCAAACUCUGGGUCUCAGUCAUAUUCUAGGGAUAGGAAUGACUAUAGUGAAAUGGAUGGCACCCCUCCAAGCUCAGUCAAGAAAGGCAAGCGGUCUAGCGGAGGAGUACGAGGUGAAGAGAAUGAUACUAUCAAGAGUCUUUGUGAAGGUUUAGGAGCAUCUGAUUGGAUGUCUAGGUUACAAGCCAUUGAGAAACUACAAGCUAUGUGUGAAACCAAUCAAGAUAUGGUGGAUGCUAGCUUAGUCAGAAUAUUUGAUAAGUUCAUCUCUCGUUUAUCAGACUCAAACAGUAAAGUGAACAUAGCUGCUCUAACAACAAUGAAAGACAUUGUACCUCGCCUUGGUGAAUCCUUGCAGGCUGUCGUCAAUAAUCUCAUUCCUAUCUUAGUCCAGAACCUCGCUGCUAAGAACCCCAGUAUUAGUCAAACCAGUAAUGAUAUCCUUGAUCUCAUUCUGGAACAUGUUGAUAUGCUGGUAUUAGUUCAACCAUACUCCAAUGCUACUCAGUAUGGCAACGUGAGAGCGAGACCAGCAAUGGUUGAAAAGCUGUCCUACCUCGUGACCAAGGUGUACCCCCGGAAGCAACAGACGGUCGUCAGGAACGUCCUACCUGUUCUGUGGUAUCUCCUAGGCAAUAUGACAGGAAGUGGAGCGGUACCAGGCAGUUCAGGCAACCUCCGAAGUGCCACAGGAGUCCUAGCUAACAGCCUCUAUGAACAGAUGGGUGAAGUCUUACUUCAACAUGCUCACAACCUACCCCCAAGGAAUGUCAAGACACUCAAAGAACUUAUCGAGGAAGUAUCUACGUGACAUAGGUAGCCAUCUCUAACUAUUCUAUAAUUGUUAAAUUUGAAUAUUUAAUUAAAAAGUAAGGAACAAACUGUUGAGGGAGAAUCUUGCUGAAUUUAAUUGAGCAUAGACAUUCACUCUAUACCUUGAUUUUUGUGAUGCAGGUAUUACAAGUUGUUUUAUAGUUUCAGGCUUAGUUGGUCAAAGAAUAUCUCUAUAUAUUUCAACCAGGUUUGAUGAUUUGUUAAUGACUGAUAUGUAUUCAUUGUACCCAAGUUUAUUUGUUAAUUUUACUUUUAUUUGUUAGUCUUGGUCAUGUUUUUGGAUAAGGUUUCAAUAACUGAUAUUUCCAUCCCAGCUGCUCUUUAUCCAUGUGUAAAAUGAACCGUCCAAGUUAUUACAGAAAUAUGUGAGACUUAAAUCAUUCAAGUAAAUGUACUAUGCCAUCAUGGUGGAUGCCAAAUUCCUCUUCCCCCUUUAACUCCCCCCCCCCUUCCCUGGAAUAUUGGUAUUCCUCUUAGAUGCUAAGAGAGUUAGUGAGAGAAAUAGGGGGAGAUAGGGAGAGAACGGUAAAGAGAGUGGGGAUAUAUAUGUAGCCAAGUUUCCUUAGUUACUGAAAGGUGUGCUAGAUAAGGUUAUAUAGAGAGGAAUUACAACAAUGUAAUCUAAUUAUAUAGAUAUAAUAACGAAAUGCAAUUAGUAAUUCUAAAAUAAUAAACAUUUGUUUUGGAAAGUGCAAGAUAUACUAAAAAUUUGAUUGCCCAUUUCCGUCCAUUAUGUGAAUUAGUUCUUGUGCACAACACUCCUCUUCUUACAGGCCAGUAAUUCUUAAAGUUAUGAGGGGAAAACAUGAAUCAGUACCUAACUUUGUUAUAUUCUAAAGAUAGACCUAGUGUGUAUAUAUUAUAUAUUUACAUUGUGUUUUAACUUCAUGUUCAUGUUUACAUUGUACCUUAAGUGAUCGU